ACCACUGGCGGUGAGGAGAAACCCAUUGAUCCUGUCUGCCUGUAAUUACGUACGAAGGAAUAUGGAUUCGUAUAUACCUGGGUAUGUACCUAGGUAUAUAUAUAGACUUAUGGUGAUAGUGAUCCUCGUGGGCUGGGUCCGAGGUUAGGCUUGGGCCAUCUUAGGAUAGUAGAAGCCAAUUUUAGGUAUCCAUAUCGUUUGAUUUCCCGGUCAACCGGCUUUCCCUUUAGACAAAUCUGUUAUAGUAUUUGAGGGGAUUCGGUAUCAUUCCCUUCGCAUAGUUGCUAAGCCAGACUGUAAAGAGGAUGGAUACUCAGCAAGAGCCCCCUCGGGCCAUCAUAUUUGACCUUGGGGAUGUUCUCUUCACGUGGUCCGCCAAUACUGCGAUUAUUCCAGCUCAAAAGUUGAGAAGUGUCCUCUCGACUUCUAUCUGGCAUCGCUAUGAGCGGGGUGAAAUCACUCGAGACACCUGUUACGAGCUAAGUGCUCAACAAUCUUCCCUCUCCGCGUCUGAGAUUGCAGGAGCCUUCUCUAAGGCCCGCGAGUCUUUGCAGCCUGAUUAUGCUAUCGUCUCCUUCCUUCGCGAGUUGGAAAAGGAUCCAGCCAUUCAAGUGUAUGCCAUGUCUAAUGUUGGUAAGGAAGACUUCGAGGAGCUCGCAACAAAGAUGGAAUGGCCACUUUUUGAUCAAGUGUUUACCUCGGCAGCGGCGGGCAUGCGAAAACCGGAGGUGGGAUUCUACCGUCAUGUUCUGGACCAUAUCGGCCUAGCUGGCAACCAAGUCGCCUUCAUUGACGAUAAAGAAGAGAAUGUGCAAGCAGCACGAACAUUAGGCAUCCAAGGCUUCGUAUUCGGGCAGUCGACAGUUCACACAUUGCGUAGCAUGUUUGAUAACCCAGUCGGCAAGGGCUGGAGAUACCUAUUCCUGAAUGCAAAGCAUUGUGACUCGGUUACGGACACCGGGGUCACCUUUUCAGAUAAUUUUGCGAAAUUGUUGAUUGUUGACUCACUGAAUGACAGGACGCUUGUGGAUGUAAGUUGGGGAUCUAGAAAAUCAUGGAAUUUCUUUACCGAUGAGAAAAUGCUGGUCCCAGGAGGGAUUUUCCCGGAUGAUCUCGAUACCACGUCUCUCGCUCUCACAGCUCUUCGGCCGGAGUCGACCGAGCUUGUCUCUUCUGUCCUCGAUGCAAUGGCUGAAUAUGUUGAGGGUGAUGGUAGUUUCCAGACGUAUUUCGAUCGUAACAAGGCUCGAGUAGAUCCAAUUGUUAGCGGAAACAUUCUCGCCUGCUUUUACGCCUACAAUCGCGGCCGCGAGUUCGAGCGUACCCUUAAUGUCGUGCGCUCCGUACUCUCAGACCGUACUUACGAACAAGGAUCUCGGUACUAUCCUUCCCCAGACUGCUGUUUAGGAUUCAUCGGACGUCUACUCCGAUCGUCAAGCGACGCUCACCUUCAGGAGACACUAGGUCCGCUGCUGAAGGCGCGAGUACGCGAACGCCUCAAUCUGGGAGGAAGCGCAUUGGAUUUGGCAAUGCGCAUCAUCACUUGCACCCAGAUGGGUAUCGCUUGCGAGAAUGACCGUCGUGUCUUGGUAAAUUUGCAGCGUGAGGAUGGCAGUUGGGAAGGUGGCUGGAUGUACCAGUAUGGAACCACACGAGUGAAGGUUGGGAACCGCGCAGUGACCACAGCGAUGGCGGUUGCAGCGCUUUCUUCUCCAGGCAUCACCUCACAGGCUGAUAGCGGAAAGAAGUUGGAUGGUACCAAUAUAUUGGUCAAUAUGAUUGACGUCAAGUGAAAACACGACUUGCGGGUUUUCACUCUCCUUUAGCUGCCGUGGGGUUAGUGACCGAUAGAUUCAUAUUAGGAGGCAAUAGGAACGAUCAAAUAUUUACUACCUUACAGCUAAUGAUUUCGAAACAAACGCUCUUACUGAUACAUACCUAGGUAUUGAUAUUGAUGUUGUAUUUGACAAGAAUUACAUAAGUUGAAGGGUUCAUGUUUCAAUUUGGAGGGACGCACUUCUACAACUCUAUGUAACUAACCGG